AUGGACUCGCGGCGGGAUGCAAGCGAAAUUCCAACGGGCAUCGGCGCGGCUGUCGUACCACGCGAUUCCCUUCCAACGGGCAUCAGCGUGAUUCUCGGACUUGAGAAUUCGCGGAACGCCCCCCCGCCUCUGCGACGCUACGCGCGGCGGUUCUCGCCUCGCCUGGCGCAGCGGAAUCGCGCGGAGCUUCCGCCUGUUCCUGCGCAGAGGCGGAAUGCGAGGGGGGUUGUGCCGGUUUGGCCCGUCCUGCACGGUCCGCCCGUUCCGCCUGUUCCCGCGCGGGGGGAUGGCGCGGAGGCUGCGGUUGAAGGCGCGCGGGCGGAAGAGGUUCCGCGGGUUGGGGGAGCAGCAGGGGAAGCUGGGCAGGGGGGAGGGGAAGAGGGGAGGGAUACGGUGGAAACAGGGGGAUGCCGCGGGGGAGGUGGCAGGAGGGGGUUAUGGGGUGGUGGGAGGGUGGGAGGAGUGCUGGCGGGUGAUGGUGGUGGGAUGGGGGAGGGUCGAAUGGGAAUUGGGGAAGAGGUGCGGGAGGGGGGAGAGGUGGGGGAAGAUGGGGAUGGGGAUGAGGGCAAUGUGGAGUGGGUAGGAGAGGACGAGGAGGGUGUUUGGGAAGUGACAGUGGGGGAGAGCAGAGAUUUUGAUGUCCCCUCCAUCCCUUCUUGCCUCGUCCUUAGCAGUUCGUCUGUCCACAUGCCAAUUCCCAAGGAAGCAGCAUCCGAGGAAGCAGCAGUGCGGUCGAAUAGCUUCUCUCACUCCUUCUCUCCUUCCAAAUCCCAUUCCUCCCUCUUCCCCCCCCUCUCCCCCCUUCCUCUCCCCCCUCUGUCCCCUUCCUCUCCCCCCUCUCCCCCCUUCCUCUCCCCCCUCUGUCCCCUUCCUCUCCCCCCUCUCCCCUCUUCCCCUGCCCCCUUCUCCGUUUCCACAACUAUCCCCGGCCGCACCCCCCCCGCAAUCACCAGCACCCAUGCCCUAUCCCCACUGCCCGUGGACAUUCAGUCGUCGAGGCAACAUGGUGCGGCAUGCAAAGAUGCUGCAUUGGGGCUUUAUCAAGCACCCAUGCCCUCAUCCCCUCUGCUCUCGGACCUUCAAGCGUCGAGACCACAUGUUGCAUCAUGCAAGGAAGCAGCAUUGCGGAGAGGGGGGAAGAGGGGAGAAGCUGCAGCGUGCAAGGAAGCAGCGUUGUCAGGAGGGGGGGAAUGGGGGCAUGGCACGGCUUGUAGUGUGCAUGAGGGGAAGAAGGGGAAAAGGGCGGAUGGGGGAGAGGUGGGGAGGCAUGGAGACGAGAAGGAGGGUGAUUUUUUCAGUAAGGGAGAGGGAAGGAGGGAGGAGGAGGAGAAGGGCAAAGAGGCGAGGGGGGAAGAGAGGGAAGGAGAGGGAAGGAAGGGGGAGGAGAGGGAAGAAGAGGGGAGGAGGGGGGAGGAGAGGAAGGAGGAGGCGAGGAGGGAGGAAGAGGCGAGGAGGGAGGAAGAGAGGGAAGAGGGAACGAGGGGGGAUGAGAGGGGCGAACAGGGAAAGAGGGAGGAGGAGAGGAACGAGGAGGCUUUUAGGCAGGAAGGGGGGCGUGAAGGUGAGGAGAGAACGAGUGCAGUGAGGGGCAAAGAGGGAAGGAGCGGGGAGGAGAGGGACGAAGAGGGAAUGGGAGGGAAGGAGAGAGAUGAAGGAGGAAGGGGAGGGGAGGAGAGGGAUGAAGGAGGAAGGGGAGGGGAGGAAAGAGAUGAAGGAGGAAGGGGAGGGGAGGAAAGAGAUGAAGGAGGAAGGGGAGGGGAGGAAAGAGAUGAAGGAGGAAGGGGAGGGGAGGAAAGAGAUGAAGGAGGAAGGGGAGGGGAGGAGAGGGACGAAGAGGAGGAUCCCCUACCCUUUCUUCAAAGGUGUGGCCAUGUGGAGAGCAGCGUGGGAAGGGCAGUGACACAGCUUCAAGAAGGUUUUGGCACGGCUGGGGGAGGGACGGGGGAGGAGGGAGCAGAUGCUACGAGGGAUGAAGAGGAAAGGAGAGGGGACGAGAGGAAUGAAGAGCAGGAAUUAGUACCUCAUCGGCUCCCUUCUAAGGGGGAGGGAAAUGAUUGUGGAGGGCGGUGGGGAGAGGAAGGGGCACCCCAAUUCCAAUUCCUUCCUCCCAGGGGGGAGGUCCGCAUGGGGGAGGCAGUGAUGCUGCCGUCUCAAGGGGAGGGAAGCGCGGCUGGAGGAGGAAGAGCGGAGGGAGAGGCUGGGGCCGAGAGUGGAGAGGAGAGGUGGCAGCCUGGGGGGGAGCGGGGAGGAGUGCGCGUGGAGGAUGGAAGGGGGAGGGGGGAGCUUCUGGGGAUGGUGGGGGAGGGCAUAAGUGUGAGGUGA